ACCUGGGACUAAUCAAAAACUUCACGAAGGAAGCGUGCUCAACGAAUGGUCAAACCUGGAAGGAAGAAGAAGCAACGAGCAGCCUAGAAAACGCCACAAAAUGUAUCAACGAUGUAUUGAAGUCGAAUAUGAAAACCGCCCGCGAAACGUACAAAGGCAGUUCCCUACUGGAAACUAGUAUUGAGUACUACGUAAGAACUUAUUGUCCAAGCAGAAUAACUCUCGAAAGAUGUAUGAAAGAAUAUUCCAAGUCCUUCGAGCAUUGCGUGGAUUCGCAACAACUCAAAACUAUCGAGAUAAUCGGUAAAUUUUCAACAUCCACGCUCGAAUUCGUCUGCGAGAAUGACGCCAAGAUGUUUAAGGAUUUGAGUAUCAAUGGAGGCGGUGAAUGUUAUCAUUCGAUUAACGAUCCCGACAAAUGUUGGCCUGCACUGACUACCGGAAUCAAUACUUUAGAAACUUACAAUUUCACUCUGGUUUGGAAUGACGCAACAUGCUCGGAACUGAAAUCCGCCUACAAUUGCAUCAUCGAAAAGAUACCAAACUGUAGGAGCCAUCAGAUAACUGUAACUUUCGUCAGAGGUCUAUUCGAUGUGUAUCUGGAAAACUUAUGCUCCAGGAAUUCAAGUAAUUCACAGACAUUACCAGUUAUUAGCAUCAGCGCUCUCUUCUCGACUACAAUCACCCUGGCGAUCUGGUCAUGGAACGUUUAAAACUCUUAUUCAGAAAAAAAUAUAUUUCUAACACGCAACACAGUGUUUCGGCAAAGUAGCAAUGUAACGCUUCA